AGGUUGGUGACUUGGUUUUUCUCACUCGGUGUAAUCGCAGCUAGUUGUAAACUGUUGAGGCUCGGGAGUCGAUCCACCUCAACAACAGCGGGGAUACUCUGCCUGCUCCAGCCGAAAUAUGGUUCGCAUGAUGGGGCUGCUUUCAGUGAGUGUUGGGCCCCUGCGGAACGGGGUGCAGGCUUGGGGCAGAGGCUGUGCCACCAUCCCUGCAACUUUUCGCCACAGUAACGUUAGCGCAUUAUCAAAGUGUUCCGCAUUAAAACGAAUCAAUGCCAUGGGAUUAAAUCAAUGCCCUUUCACAUUGGCUCGAUUGCUCAGUUCCAAACCCCCAACAGGAUUUGAGAAGUUCUUUCCAAAGAGUGAGGACACUCCUGGUGUCAACAAAUCAUCUGAAGAGACCGGAGAUGAGAAGACCAAAGAGCCAGAAUCUCAGGGCGGAGGAGAAGGGGGGCCAAAUGGAGGUGGCAAGAGGGAGAGGAGAGGCGGAAGGAAGGAUGAAUCAGACUGGUGGACACGCUUCCAGAAUUAUUUCCCCUGGGAUGAGAAGACCAUGCGCAAUGUCGUGAUCGGAUUCGCCGGCAUGGCCUCUGCGUUCCUGUAUUUCUACCUCCGAGAGACAGGAAAGGAAGUCUCCUGGAAGGACUUUGUGCAUAGCUACCUGGCCAGAGGACUGGUGGAACGUCUGGAGGUAGUCAACAAACAGUAUGUCAGAGUCAUCCCAGUGCAUGGAGUCAAUACGUCAGAGGUGAGCUACCUGUGGUUCAACAUUGGCAGCGUGGAAACAUUUGAACGCAACCUGGAGCUGGCCCAGCAGGACAUGGGUCUGGACUCUACACACAGAGUACCUGUGGUCUACGGAAGCGAGAGUGACGGUACUUUCCUGAUGAGCAUUCUUCCAACCCUGCUGCUGGUUGGCUUCCUGCUCUUCUCCAUGCGCCAGGGACCAAUGGCAGGAGGCCGUGGCGGUGGGCGGGGCAACCCCUUCAGCAUGAGCGAAUCCAAGGCCAAGAUCAUGAAGGACAACAUUGACGUGAGGUUUAAGGAUGUGGCGGGCUGCGAAGAGGCAAAGCUGGAGAUCCUAGAGUUUGUCAACUUCCUGAAGAACCCCCGGCAGUACCAGGACCUGGGGGCCAAGAUCCCCAAGGGUGCAGUGUUGUCGGGUCCCCCCGGCACAGGGAAGACCCUGCUGGCCAAGGCCACAGCCGGAGAGGCCAAUGUCCCCUUCAUCACCGUCAACGGAUCUGAGUUCCAGGAGAUGUUUGUUGGCGUGGGCCCAGCCAGGGUGAGGGACAUGUUUGCCAUGGCCCGUAAGAACGCUCCCUGCAUCCUGUUCAUCGAUGAGAUAGAUGCUGUGGGCAGGAAGAGAGGCAGAGGGAACUUUGGGGGACAGAGUGAACAGGAGAACACACUCAACCAGCUGCUAGUGGAGAUGGAUGGGUUCAACACAAGCACUAAUGUGGUCGUCUUGGCUGGAACCAACCGACCAGAUAUCCUGGACCCAGCACUGAUGAGACCUGGGCGCUUCGACAGACAGAUUUACAUAGGUCCACCAGACAUAAAGGGCAGAGCGUCCAUCUUUAAGGUCCAUCUGAGGCCUCUGAAGCUGGACUCCAGGAUAGACUCUGAAGCUUUGGCCAGGAAACUAGCUGCCCUCACACCUGGCUUCACUGGAGCUGAUAUUGCCAAUGUGUGUAAUGAGGCGGCCCUGAUAGCAGCACGCUACCUUAACGAGUCUAUCAACGUCAAGCACUUUGAACAGGCCAUCGAGAGGGUCAUCGGAGGUCUGGAGAAGAAGACCCAGGUGCUACAGCCAUUAGAGAAGACCACUGUAGCAUACCACGAGGCUGGCCAUGCUGUGGUGGGCUGGUACCUGGAACACGCUGACCCUCUGCUCAAGGUGUCAAUCAUCCCCCGGGGGAAGGGUUUGGGGUACGCUCAGUACCUCCCUAAGGAGCAGUACCUGUUCACGCGGGAGCAGCUGUUUGACAGGAUGUGUAUGAUGCUGGGGGGACGCGUGGCAGAGCAGGUCUUCUUUGGGAAGAUCACCACAGGGGCACAGGAUGACCUCAGGAAGGUCACGCAGUCUGCCUACGCACAGGUGGUUCAGUUUGGGAUGAGUGAGGCGGUGGGCCAGGUGUCUUUUGAGCUCCCCAGGCAGGGAGAGAUGGUGAUGGAGAAGCCUUACAGCGAGCCCACAGCCCAGCUCAUAGACCAGGAGGUCCGCUCGCUCAUAGACACUGCCUUCCAACGCACACACCAGCUCAUCACUGAGAAGAGAGAUGUGGUGGAGAAGGUGGGGAGGCGUCUCCUGGAGAAGGAGGUUCUGGACAAGGCUGAUAUGCUGGAGCUGCUGGGUCCUCGCCCCUACGAGGAGAAGUCUACAUAUGAAGAGUUUGUGGAGGGGACGGGGGCCAUGGAGGAGGACACCUCCCUUCCUGAGGGCCUCAAGAACUGGAACAAGGACCGGGGGACGGAAGAGCCCCCUCAGGAGCAGCAACGCAAACAGGCUCUCUACCUGUUUGACUCACACCACGUCUGACCUGGCCCCCACCCAACCAGGCCACUGGAGGGACAUGUUGAGACUUCAUAGGGUUGGGGGGAGGGGAGGGCACUUGACAUGACCCAGACAGACUGAUAUCAGGGGAGGGUGUCAGGUUUAAAUAGGCAACACUGCACCGUGUCCCUGAUGGCUACAGAUUGAGGGUUGUGGGGUGCAGCAGGGGGUCUGCUGCACCAGCCUAGAUUGUGCAAUUUCUCAUGUAGACUUUUUAAAAUUCAUAUGGGAAUGCAGGGCAUAAUGAGAUUCGUCAAUCUGUGAAGGAUAUCCACUCCACCAUGCCGCUUCUUUCCUUCCCUGGAGAUUCACUGCUGUGCUAUGUUCCUCCUUUAUCCUGACCAUAGAAUGACCGCUCAGGGCCUGGAAUGCACUAAGGCCCUAGAGACCAUGGUCCAUGGUCGUCACAUCCUGUCGCCCUUGGAUACAUCUUCCUCACAGAGAAAUUAUAUUGUUUUUAUAGUUGUAUAGUAUUCAUAAAGUCAUUAUUUGACCUUUUCAUUGUGUGUUGGAUGAGUAUGUCUGACAGACACCAUUUUUAUGAAUAUAUGAUCAUGUACAUCAGGAAUGGACAACUGGCGGCAGCCCCCCUUUUGAAGGCCCUUGGAUCAACCCCCCCCCCCCCAAGUUAGAAUACACAAGGUGCAAUUUCAAAAUUUGGUUGCUCAUCAGCAGUUUUUCCUGUUAUGUCAGUCACUGUCAUUAGCCAAUGUCAGCUAUUUUCUUUUAGAUUGCAGAGUUAGUUUAGCGGCCAGCUAUCUAAACUCGAUGUCAUGGUCGAACUACCGGCCGGGAGACCCCCAUUGAUUUUGUUAGUCAGUCUCACUCAGAUAUCAUAUUAAAAACUACAAACAUUUCUCUCCACCCUAUGGCAAACCGUGUUGCAUUGCAGGAAUAAACGUUUAAAAAAAGUAUCCACUGUCAAGAGGGGGGCCACUAAAAUGUUUUGCUCAUAAGGGGGAGGGGGGGAUGAUGUAGGUUCGCAGACCCGCGAGCAACUGCGGCCCCUCAUGAUAAGUUAAGAUUUUUUUGUGGCCCCCACCCCCAUCAAAGUUGCCCAUCCCUGAUGUACAUAUUUCAUUUGAAGUGAGAUGUUUUCUUUCAGACUGGAACAUGAAGGUCUAUGUACGUGUGCGUUGCACCAUUGUAAUAAUAAAUAUUUGUCCUAUUUCA